GUCGAACACACCCGAGUGCUGCCGAUAUACAUCCCGUCGAUUGGAUCGAGAGUGAAUGUAGCAUCCUUUUCCUAGUUUUGAAAGGGAAGAAUCGGUGGGCGAUUUCGGAUAAAAUGCCGUCGCUCUUAUUCUGUGGGCCGAAGCUGGCCGCCUGUGGGAUCGUGUUAAGCACCUGGGGUGUCAUUAUGCUGUCAAUGUUGGGAAUUUUCUUCAGUGCGAAAUCUGCUGUGCUGAUCGAAGAUGUUCCUUUUACUGAGGAAGACAUCCGUGAAGACAAGAAUCCACCGCAGAACAUUUACGGACUCUACAACCAAGUUGGCAUCAACUGCUUCAUUGCUGCUGCCAUCUACGUAGGUGUUGGCGCUGUGUCUCUGUGUCAGGUUCGCCUUAACAAGCGCCAGGAGUACAUGGUCACAUAAACCCAAACAAUUUCAAAUUCAGCAGCAAUUAUUCAUAAUUAUUUAUUUUUAAAAGACUUACAUUGUCUUAAAUGGAUAUAUUUGGCUGGUCAAAAUCUAAACACUAGAUAUACUGAUAAUGUAAUGAAUACAAAUUGAAAUAAUUAUGUAAAACAGUAUAUAUGCACAGAUACAUGCAUGUUAUGUGUUAUAUUUUUCAGAGAUAUUCAGAUCUUUGGCUCCACAUUCCCUAUGACAUAAACAAAACUAGCAGAAGGUCUUUAAUAGUUUAAUAGUCCAUAUGAUAGUUGGAGGUGUUCAUGUAGAAUGUGUGUAUGUUUGAGUUUUUCUUUUUUCUUUUUGAAUUUCAGUAUUUAAAAAUAUGUGUGGUAAUAUAAAUGUCUAUGAUUUUAUUGAAUUACACCCUGCAACACUUGUGCUGUACACUUGAUAUUAUCACAUGUGAUGAACAACGUAAAAUAUGUGAAUGGAGAGUCUUAUGUUCCCUUCAAUAAAAUACUAAUGAAAAAAAAAAAA